CACCAGCUCGGAUCCCAGCCUUGCCACUUUCUUCGCCCGUCAUGUCUGCAGUCGGCUUCAUUAACAACGGCAUAUCUCUUAUUGAGAAAUCGCUAGCCGCGUAUCAUGCCAUUGCAGAUGCGAAGAAUUUCGGAUCCGAUGCAGCAAAAUCUGUGAUGAUGUUGCGGUUUGAAGCGUUCCGCUAUCAAGAGUGGGGUCACGACAACAAGAACAUCACGGCGAUAUUCCAGGCAUCUAACACGGCGAAAAGCUCACAACCCCCCGAGGCAAUUGGGGGUUUCGGUGCUAAGCAACCAAUUUCACCCGUCUCUACAUCUUGCGAGGCACUUUGUGACGCCGUCAACCAGGUCAUCGACGUUCUGCAGUCUGUCAAUCAGCUGCUGACCAAGUAUAAUCGAGCGUUCGAGUCAAGGGAGCAGCCCGGUCACUCUAUCACUGAUGGAAUCUCAACAACUGCGAUUGGCGCUGGCGGCUUGCAGGGGAAAAUGCACGGUGCUAGUCAGAGAUUCGAACAGCUCAAAGACUCUUUACAAUCACAGACAUCACUCGCCCGCAGAGUCAAGUACGGAAUUACAACAUGGAAUGAGGCCGAUAAAGAGAUACUGAAGAGUCUCAUACAACGAUUUAAAUACUGGAAUGACAGUCUCUACGCGCUAGCGCCACCGGGAAGACAAGACCUCCAGGAAUUGGUACUGGCAUUCCGAAUAGUUGGCGCGGCUAGAUCGACCGCACAGUUGGAAAGCGUUCAAGGCGCAGCCGCGCUGAGCAGAUACGAGUCGAUGUACCGAAGCGCUACCCUUAAGAAAAACAUCGGCAUGAUAGUAGGAGGUCCAAGCCUGAAGAAGAGUUAUGACCAGUUGAGCAUCGAUUCCAAAGCCGCGAAGAGCCGCCGUUUUAUCACCUCAUACUUUUCCAACGAUGUACCCACUGAACAAGUAGGCAGUGCUGAAAGUCCCUCUACGAGAGUACUACCAGAAAGGGUGCUCGUUGAAUGGUAUUACUACGAUAUCAAGUGGAGUCCGAAACAGGUGUUACUAGCGGAUGAACGCGUGGAGAAAUUCGCAGAGAAGUUUUCCAUUGCUGAGAAGCCAGCAAACCUCCCGGUCAUGAACUGCAUCGGAUGGGUCCAGCACCCCACAAAGACCGACAGAGCCUUGCUCUACAGACUCGUAGACACCUCCAGCGCUUCAAGCCAGAUCGUUACGCUCAACGAGUUGUUGAACGGAAGCCACACAUCGACAGUGAUACGUCGUCCCUCGCUUGGAGAUCGUUUCCGGCUUGCGGCCGCCUUGACAGUCGGGUUGCUUGAGCUCCACACCGUCGAGUGGAUACACAAAGGAUUCGGCAGCCACAAUGUACUCCUCUUGUACAAUCCCGGGGAAGGUGUCCGAUACGACAAACCCUUCAUCUCAGGCUUCGACUUUGCGCGACCUGACCGUCCUAACGAGGAGUCGCUCUCCAUGCGGCCGUCAAAGUUUGACCUCUAUCGCCAUCCAGAUAUCCGGGCGGCUAAAUUAUCCUCAGACGCUCCAAAGCCGUCUUCCUCGCGCAUGCAUGAUGUUUAUAGUCUGGGCCUCGUUUUGUUCGAAAUCGGAAUGUGGAUGCCCUUGGAAUCCUAUGUCAAAGCGAACUUGACUGCUGAAGGCUUUCGUGAGCGAAUCCAAGGCUACGUAGAUCAAGAUCUUGCAAUUUGGAUGGGUGAUCGCUUCGCCAACGCUGUGCAAUCAUGCUUGUCUGGCGAAUAUUUGCUCAAGUCAAAAACGUUCCCGCUUGCCGAGAUGGAGGAGCAGGUUGAUGAUGUUGAAGGGAUGGAUGAAGACUUCACUUCAGACCAGAAUUUUGCUAGUGUUCACCAGCUCGCCUACUUCUACCGAACCAUUGUCUCAGAAAUACAUGGAUGCCAGUGCGAAAUGGGAGAUCGCUGA